AUGAAAAGCCGCGAGUACCAACAGAUCGACCCGCAGGCGCUGCCGACACCCGUCCGGACCCCUCCCCAUGAUCACCCCCAGGCUGGCGGCGGGGACGGCAGGAAGGAGCCGAGGAGGACACCCCGGAGGAAGUGGGAAGUUUUCCCCGGGAAGAACCGCUUCUUCUGCGAUGGACGGAUCAUGAUGGCCCGUCAGAGUGGGGUCUUCCCCCUCACCCUGGGCCUCAUCCUGGUCACCAGCGGCUUAUUUUUUAUAUUUGACUGCCCGUUCCUGGUCAAACACCUGACCGGCUGCAUACCCGCCAUCGGGGGGGUCCUGUUUGUGUUCGUGCUCGUCACGCUGCUGCAGACCAGUUUCACCGACCCCGGCAUCCUGCCCCGUGCCACGCCAGAGGAGGCGGUGGACGUCGAGCGGCAGAUUGACGACACGGGAAACACCAGCUAUCGGCCUCCACCGCGCACCAAGGAGGUCCUCAUCAACCAGCAGGUCAUCAAGCUCAAGUACUGCUUCACCUGCAAGAUGUUCCGGCCUCCUCGCACAUCCCACUGCAGCCUGUGUGACAACUGUGUGGAGCGGUUCGACCAUCACUGCCCCUGGGUGGGGAACUGUGUCGGGAAGCGCAACUACCGUUUUUUCUACACGUUCAUCGUGUCCCUCUCCUUCCUGACGGCGUUCAUCUUUGGCUGUGUGACUACACACCUGGCUUUGAGGGCCCAAGGAGGGAAAGGCCUGGUGUUUGCCCUAAAGGAGAGUCCUGGCAGUGCAGUGGAGCUGGCUAUAUGCUUCUUCUCAGUCUGGUCCAUUUUGGGCCUCUCAGGCUUCCAUACCUACCUUGUUGCUUCCAACCUAACCACCAAUGAAGACAUCAAAGGCUCCUGGUCAGGGAAGAGCGGAGAAGGUGUAACCAACCCCUACAGUCAUAAAAACAUCUUUAUCAACUGUUGUUCAGUUCUCUGUGCACCUAUGCCACCCAGCUUGAUCGACAGACGAGGCCUUGUGCCUGCAGAAGAGUCAGCCCAGACUAGCGGCAUGGACACGGAGCGGCCCAAGCUAAACAAUAAAAGCGAGAUGAACGUGUGCACACAGGGAACUAAAGGUUUGCUGGAGGCGGCGGCUCUCUCUCCGCUUCUGGCCACCUCCUGCCCUCAGGGGAAACCUCCGGCAGCUCUUCCCUGCCCAGACAACAUCCCUGCACCGAAAUCGGCCCCCUCCCUGGAGGUCUCGCAGAGAUGCGGCGGAGCCCAUCACAACCCCAGGACCUACGGGAGCACCUCUCCUCCGCUUCCCACCAAAAGUCGCUCGCACAAACACAAACGAGCUGCUUCACACACUCCCAGGCCCACCUUCGACUCCCAGGUCUCCCCUUCCUCCCCCGACGGCGAUCACGGCUCCAAGGCCGGGGGCCACGGAGCUGCCAAAUUCGCUACACUGCAGUGACUGACGCCGUCUCAAAGGGAGGCAUUGUGGGAGACGGGCUUCAUGUAACAUGAUCGGGUCCAAGAGAAAAGACAGUUUUCCUUAUUGCAGGUUUGUUCAGAAAAAGUUCAGUAAAUAUGACGUUCUUUAGGAUUAUGGGUUGGAUCGUGAAAGAAUGAACAGAGAUUAUUGUGGAUGCAGUUAAUUAUUAUGGGUGCAAAAAGCACGUUGCUGGUGAAGAUUCUCAGUCAUCCAGGUCAUGGUCAAUCUUUGGUCAAGCUUUCUUCUCAAGGAGAGAAAGCUUCCUGGAGAGGAAGCGAAACGUCUUCAACUAUGGAAAAUAAGUCCAGUUGCUUUGUUUUUUUUUUUACCUUUUUUUGGAUUCAAAAAGCACGUUAUUAACUUAAGCUUUAAGAUGUAACAAAAGCAGAGAUCGAGCCCUGUCUGGGUUUUCAUGGGUCUUGGGUCAAUAUGGUUUAAAAGUCAGAUGCAAUUUGUUAUUUGAAGCGAUAUUUCUACGUUUGGCUGGCUUUAAGAUCUUUUGAGGCUCUUAAACGGAGCGUAAACUAUUGUAAAGUUCUGUUCUCUUUUUUUUUUCUUUUUAAGAUGAUAGAACCCCGUUUUAGUCGAGGCACCCUUUGGCCCAUCUAAUCUAGAUUAAUUCUAAACGAAGACGCAUAAAGAGUUAUCUACUGCCAGUAAGCUUACAAGCUUUCACCUGAACCUCACUUCAAAAAUGCUGAACCCUUUAAGGGAACCAAAAGCUUACAGUGUCAUUUGUUUAAGUUCCUGCAUGGAUUUUAUCCAGGGUAGUGAGGACAGUAAGUCCUGGGUCAGAUCUAACCCGUGAAGGGAUCGCAACAGAAUCAGACGUUCUUAUUUUAGUUUGAACUCAAUCUGCUAACCUCUGCAUUGGUUAUCUUUUUUCCCCCCCCUUCCAUGUUCAGGUUUCAUGUUGGUCAUCAGUCGUCCUCUCAUACCUGGUAAACAUCCAAGCGGCUCACAGAGCUCUUUGAGUCAAAACGAUGUCAGUGUUGGUGAACGUUGUUGCGCUUACUCGGCUGUUCUGUUGAAAACUGUGAAUACUGCACGAUGUGAGUGUUGUGUGGGUUUCCCUUUAGACUUGCUCACACUACCUUACUGGGUCAAAUGUGUGUCGUAUCAGCUGUAAUUUGGUGUGUACUCCUUCAGUGCUACAGAAAUGACAGAGAAUGCAAAUGCAUGGUCGCAACAAGGCAUUCAUUUUAUUAUACAAGAAUGUCUUUAUUUACAUCUCUUCAAACACCAAACCACCUUUUUAUUAGCGCCGAAGCAGCUCAGAUCUGUGCAUUUGCUGCCGUCAUCACGGUUAUUUACUCUUUUACAAGUACCUGCUUGCACUUUCAACUCCAGCUUGUCAACAGCAAAGUCUUUCCCUGUCACUUUCUCCCUUAAAUAAUUUCAUUUUGGGCCCUUUGACAAAUCCGUUGUACGUUUUUAUGGAGGAAUUUUUUCUCAGGUUGCACAUUGUAGUUUAGCUGUUUGAUAUGCGAGUUUAAUGUGAUACAUGAUGGCAAUAGCUGCACAAAAAUGCAAUGACCCCAUUGGUUAUGUUCGCACAAAAAAACCUGUCGAGACACUUGCAUGAACUUCUCACUUGUUCUGUGUGUCCAGACGCCACCUAGCUCCUACAGUGAUGCAGACUGUGAAUGCAAGCAGUGCAUCCACAAGUAGAAAUGUACUGUUUUCUUUUUGUAAGAACUCUGAGCUUAUUUAAGCUAAUGUUCCUCUUAAAAUAAAAGCAAGGAAACCAAAGUCCA